UGUUCGACACUUCAUCAUGGGACAAGCGACGGCAUUUGUGGUUCUCGCACUCUGUGCUUUAGCUGUGACCGAGGCAGCGGUGUACAUUGGCGGCGGUUGCUAUGACUGUAACCCGCCCGGCGGCCAGGGACCCGGCAUCUAUACAGGCGGCGGACGAGGAGGUGGCGGUGCACCCAACAACUACUAUAAUCAAGGAGGUGGCCGUGGGGGUGGAGGCGGCAGUGGUCGUCCAGUUUACUCCGGAAACUUUGGCCCAAAUGGAUAUAGCGGCGGUGGCGGCGGUCGAGGAGGUGGUGGGGGCUAUAGAAAUGGAGGAGGCGGCGGCGGUUAUGACGAUGGUGGUCUGACGCAGAUUAUACGAUAUGAUUAAUUUUGCUGCCUUUUCUUCUUGCUCUUGCUCUUCAACCGCAAACAAGCAGAAUGUUGGCCGGCUUAUAGUUAGUAAAGUAGUUUUAAUUAAACUAAAACAAGUGAUUGCUAUAAUUGUACAGACAACAGAUGUAUUUAAUGUUAAGUCCCAAUGAAAUUUAUUUUCGAUCUUAUCAAACAAAAAUUUCCUUGUUCUAGCUGA